UGUAUAGCAUUACCAUAGUAAUUAUUUUAUGGAGUAAAUAGAGUAAAAAUACAAUGAGUAAUUAAUUUAUCUAUUUUGUAAGUAAUGAUUUAAUGAAGCAUCGGAUAUGAUGCCCAAAUGUUGGCCACUCUUCAAGUCAACCUAUCUCUCACAUUUGGUGAAAAAAAUACAAAAAAGUCAUAAUCUUUCCAUUUCUCUUCCCCCCAAAAUACAAUUUAAAUUAAAUAAAAAUUAUAACCCACCUUCCUUCCUCAUUUAAUUUCUCCCCUGUCUUUUCUUCCUCAUUUUCAAUUAUUUAUUUCUCUCCAAUUUAUUUAUUUUUUCAAAAUUAAUCAGAUCUUUUAUUACAUAAUUAAUUACCCCCUUCUCUCUCCUCUCUUUUGGUAGUAGAUUCAAUUUAUUUCAUUGCUUUCAAUUUCAAAUUCUUACCCCUCUCUGUUUCUCAUUUAUUGCUUCAUACCCACUUACAUCACCAUCUCUCUCCCCCUUUGACUUGCAGAUCUUUCAUUUUCUCUCUCCUCCACAAUUCAUACUAGAGUUCUUAAAAAUUCUGGGUUAUUAUUAUUAUUAUUAUUAUUAUUAUUUUUUAUCUAGAUUACUUAAAACAAACAAAAAGCGAUGGAUAAUCCUCCAUUGCAACAACCAUUAAAGAUGCUAGCUCCGCCACUGCCACAACCGCCACUACCACCCCACCAAAACGUCCAACCACCAAACUUAAACUUGGACAGCAAAAUCAGUCCAAGUAUAAUCCUAAUCAUAAUUAUCCUAGCAAUAAUAUUUUUUGUAUCUGGGUUAUUACACCUUGUUGUUAGAUUUCUAUUAAGGCCAAAUCAACGAAACCCAGAUGAAUUUGCAGAAAGUGUGACAGCACUUCAAGGCCAAUUACAACAACUAUUCCAUUUACAUGAUGCUGGGGUUGACCAAUCUUAUAUUGAUACACUCCCUGUUUUUCAGUACAAAGCGAUUAUCGGUUUAAAAGACCCUUUUGAUUGUGCCGUUUGUUUGUGUGAGUUUGAGCCGGACGAUAAGCUUCGUCUUUUGCCCAAAUGCAGCCACGCUUUUCAUGUCGAUUGCAUUGAUACAUGGCUUCUUUCUCACUCGACUUGCCCGCUUUGUCGGGCGAGCUUGCUGCAGGAUUUCGGGGCGCCAACGACGAAUUCCCCUCACGGGUUUUCGCUCUCGCCUGUUGUUUGUGUGCUUGAAUCGGGGAGUAACACCGUCGAGAGCUCCAGGGAGCUGGAGAGGGAGGUGGUCGGGUCGGGGUUGAUUCGAGAUGAGUUCGGGUCGAAUCGGAGUGAUUUAGUAAAAUCGCAUGAAAAUAUAGAUGACAUUGCUGUGAAAAAAGAUGAUAAGAUUGUUAUGGUUAAGUUGGGGAAGUUUAGAAAUGUUGAAGGAGGUGAAGGAAGUAGUGACAAUAUUGUUACUAAUAAUAGUAAUAAUGAUCAAAACAACAACAACAAUAGUAGUGGGAGUAAUAAUUUGGGAUCAAGGAGGUGUUAUUCAAUGGGAUCAUUUGCUUAUGUGAUGGAUGAAACGACGUCGUUACAAGUACCAAUACGAACACCGGCGAAGAAGGCAAGUACUAGUCGCAAUAAGAGCAAGGGCGGCGGCGGUGGUGGUAAGGUUGCGAAUAGAGGCGCAAUGUCGGAGUAUGGGUGUGAUUCUAGGAGGGAAUUCAAUGGGAUCGAGGCAUUCCGAACACUUGACCUUCGUGGGAAUAAUAGUAACAAUAAUAAUAAUGUUGGGGGUAGUAGUGGUAGUAUUAAGAAGGAGAGUUUUUCGUUUUCGAAGAUUUGGUUAAGAGGUAGUGGUGAGAAAAAUAAGAAAUUAGGGAACAUGAACGGGAAUCAUGCGAAUCCACGAAGUGGUAAUUUGAAUGGGAAUGGGAAUGGAAAUGAGAUCAAUCGAUCAUCAAGGAGGACUACUUCGGAGUUUGAGAUUGAUGUGAGUGAAUUAGGGAUUGAUGAAGAAACUCAAAGUUGUUAUAGCGUUGAUUCAUUAGCAAAUCCAACUACAACAUCUUCAUCUACAAGAAGAACAUUGAUGUGGCUUAUGGGAAGACAAAACAAGAUUGUUCAUAAUCAUUCUUCCUCUUUCUCAUCCAAUGUUUAGUGUAAUUUUCACUUGUUGUUUUUCAAAGGUAAAUCUCUAUAUUCUACAUUUCUAAUAUUCUUAUUUUUAUUUUUUAGAUUUUGGACAUGAAAAUUAGAGUGGUGGUUAAAAAGAAAAAAAAAAAAGAAAAACAAAAAGAAUUGGAAUUGGUAUGAUACACAAAUUUUUGUGCAUGUGAUUGGUAAACUAAACACCUUUUUUUAGUGAGAUUGGAAUGUUCAUUUUGCAGUAUACAUAAAGUUGAUUA